AUGUCAAAGUUUGCAGAGAGGUGUCUACCAUUCUUCAAGAAACUGAGAAAAGUUCCCAAUUUUGAGUGGACCGAGGAGUACCGAGAAGCUUUCAAGGAGCUCAAACGAUACCUCAGUUCACAGCAUGCACUCAGCAGCCCAUUAGCUGGGGAAGAACUCUUGAUCUAUUUGUCAGCUUCGAAACAAGCCAUCAGUGCAGUGUUAGUAAGAGAAGAAGGGGGAGAGCAGAAGCCGAUAUUUUAUGUCAGCAAGGUGCUCAGGGAUGCUGAAGUCAGAUAUUUGAACAUAGAGAAAUUGGCAUAUGCCUUGUUGCUAGCAGUAAGGAAAUUCAGAGUGUACCUCAAAAGCCAUCAAGGAGUUGUAAUGACAGAUCAACCCUUAAAGAAGAUUCUCCACGGACCAGAAAUGUCAGGACGGAUGCUGGCCUGGUCUGUUGAAAUUAGUCCAUACUGCUUGCAAUACCGACCUCGAACAACCAUCAAGGCCCAAGCCUUUGCUGACUUCAUAGCAGAAUGCUCCUUCAACGAAGAGCAAGCAGAAUCCAAUGAAGAAAUGCCCAAAAUAAUGGAAGAAAGGAGGAUAAUACUGAAGGGACCUGAAGGAUUCAAAAUUUGUUAUGCCCUACAACUAGAGUUCAACGCCUUCAACAACGUGGUAGAAUACGAAGCCCUGAUAAAUGGAAUGCUGAUAGCAACGAAGGGCAUACCAAGCAAGAGAUCCCACCAUCAAAAGUACCAGAAAAAGGUGAAAGCUAUAAAGGCCAAGCUCAGCGAACAAGGAGUUAAAGUGCGGUAUCAGAGAAUACCCAGAGAAGAAAAUGAGGAAGCAGACCUGCUUAGCCAUUUAUCUAAAGAAGAAUUAGAACAACUCCCAGACGAAGUGUACAUACAGCAUAUCAACACGCCUGCUUACGAGAAGCCCGCUAUGGUAAUGGAAAUCAGGGAAGGAGAGAACUGGAUGACUCCUUACCUAGAAUAUCUAGAAAAGGGAAAGCUCCCAGAAGAUAAAGCCGAGGCAAGGAAAAUUGCAGCCCGAGCUGCCAAUUACCAAGCAGUAAGAGGAAUCCUAUACAGGAGAGAGAAGUCCAGCCCAUGGCUUUGA